GUCUAACGCCAUCACUACCGAUAUCAACGCGCUUCCAAAUUGAACACGCUCUUUGAAGUGGAAUCUUACCCGUGACUGCCAAGCGUUUCCGUUUGCUCUCUGUACGAAAUGCCAAUAGCCUCGCAAAUCAGACGAGGUUUCUACGGUGUUACAACGAAAAAGCCGGUUCGGACGGCCGCCGCUUAUGUGAUAUCUUUGGUGGUCGGAAUUCUGUUGCUGAGGAGAUUGUCGCAGCGAGAUUACGAGGACACAAAUUCUAGUCUAACUGCAGCUGCACAUGAGCACAAAACAGUGAACCAAGACAAGAUCCAACAAGAUCGACUUGAACGGAUCCGAAAUUACUGCAAUGCAUCAAGAAACAACAAGAACAUCUUUCACAAACUUCCUAAUCGAAAUCAUUUUAACUUUGUCGUUAGUGAGAAGCACAAGUUUAUUAUCUGCUAUGUGCCAAAAACCGGCUGCAGCCAGUGGAAAGAUUUACUUCUGAACGUUCUUGCAGUUCGCCCGGUUACACCGAACCAUGACAUCUCUUUGUUUGAUUAUUCAAUCUUUAAAUUCUUGAACGAGUUUUCAGUAGAAGAAAGGAAGAAAAUGCUGGAAUCUUAUCAGAAGUUCUACUUUGUUCGGGAGCCAUUUGAAAGAUUACUAUCGGCCUACCGGGAUAAAUUUGUUGGUAAAACGACUCACUUAUAUGAGACAGUUGCCCGGAAAAUAAUUCAGAAAGUUCGCGGUGUUGGUCGAGACAACGAGAACGGUGGAAGACCAACUUUAGCAGAAUUUACCACUUAUCUUAAUCAGUUACCAGACCCUUCCUCGUGGGAUAUGCACUGGCGCCCAGCCCACCAAACCUGCUACCCAUGCGCCGUUGAUUAUAACUAUGUAGGCUACUUUGACACCAUCAAGGAAGACGCUGAUUAUAUUUUAAAAAAGUUACAAUUGGAUGACCAGUUUCAAUUUCCAGCAUUUAGAUCUCACACUUCAGUGUUGCUGGAAAAACACUAUUCCCAGAUCCCACUGCACCAAAUUGUCAAACUCGCAGAUAUCUACCGGGAGGACUUCGAAAUGUUUGGUUUCAAGUACCCCGCUACCAUCAAAAAGCUCUUUAAGGACUGGGUAUGAGAUGUCGCAAAAUUGGAGAGGUUAGGGACCAGUCACUAUUUUUCGCCUGGAUUUGGGGGGGGAGGGUAUUUCGCCAAUUAACUGCCAAUGGGAGGGGAGUAGCAUAAGAAUAUUACAGAGCCUCAAGGGGGAAUCAGAUAAAUUUUACGGCGACACAAACGAAAUCCUCCGACCCACUCGUCCCCCGGUGACAAAUAAUGACAGGUCCCUCAGAUUAUAUCAAAGCAAAUUAACGAUAUAUAUUCCUUACAGAGGACAGAUAGGUUGGCGGAAUCUAUAGGAGAUGAAGUUAAAAGACUAAAUCUCUCAUUUCCUAGGGAACUCCGUCUUCCCACGUUAUACUUCUAAAAGAAAACUGAUUUGGGACAUCAUAGAUCAAUUCAGAGAUACUAGGUCUUCUUCUCAGUUGUUAUUCGCUCUUAUUACGCAACGCUUUCAGCAUGCUGGAUUCUUAUCAAAAGUCCGCCUCUGUGCGAAGUCGUUACUAAUGGCGCCGGAAUUAAUUUUUUUCGGGAAUAGGAUCCUUUUUUUUUCAGUUUAAAACGAUGGCAUGGGAAAUGAUUCGUAACCGCAGUGAUAGCAGAGGCAACGAAUAUUGUGAAAAAGCAACGUUUGCAGAGCUAGUGUUAGAUAUAAACCCUACAUGGUUUUGCUUGAGCAAGAAGAAGGACAUUCCACGGACGAGCUUUGCUAUUGUAAAUGACUUGAAAAGGAGACUUGACGAGGACACGGAUAAUUUUCCUUGGCAAAAUGAACCCAACACCCCCUUUUUUUCCCUUUUCUUGCCAUGUCCAAGGAAAACCUAAUUGAUGGUUGGAAUUUGUGAGCUUA